GACAGCGAUACGCUACUUGGGUCAUCGUUACCAAUUAUGUCCGAAGUGAUAUGCGCAAAGAUAGUCAGGUGUAUCCCGAGAACUCUGGAUUUGAUAGGCUUUCCUGGUCAAUUGGUUUUGUGAUCAUAUCGGCCUCGGCCAUGCUAUUCCGAAAAUUUUGGCUUACGCCCUCUUUCCUUAUAAACCUCCAAAUCCGUUACAUCAGUAUGACGAUCUCGUAUAACCUGGAUGUUUCGUCAGUAACCACCUUCUCCUUCUUCAAAUUGCUCUUCCGAUGGAAAGGUUCUAUAUGGAAAUCUGUAAAAACGGAGCUCAUUAUAUGGGUGUUCUUUUACUACGUAAUUUUUUGUAUAUACCGAUAUGUUUUGGAUGAAAACUCUCAAAGCACCUUCGAAAAAAUUGCUGCACAUUGCGACAAAAAGCUUGACUAUAUCCCCCUUCAGUUCAUGCUUGGAUUCUUUGUUACAGUGAUCAUCGAUAGAUGGAAAAAUAUUUUCAACAAUAUGGGAUGGAUUGAAAAGUACCUCGUACUUUCACAGGUAUUGGUAUUUCGUGACAUAUCGCUGAGAGUAAGAAGGCGAUUUCCCAAUUUGGAAUCUAUAGUGACUGCUGGUAUAACACACGGACUCUAAUC